CAGCUGGAACCUAACAAACAUGUACUGGGACACCGCCAUCAAGCCUGAACCCAAAAUUAAGAUGGAAGUCUGCCAAGGUGGCUUCUACUCGGAGGACUUUAGGACCCAGGAGGUUCCGGCAGGUUUUGACUUUGCAUCUUUUGACUACCCUGGUGAAGAUGUGUCUUUUCUGUUAGACAGCAGCAAGGCGUCCACGCAGCCUGCGCAGUAUCUGCUCGACAGCUGCUAUGGCGAGCCGCCAAAAGUGAAUGCAAGUGACAUGGGCCUCUUCAACCUGGACUCCUUCCAGGAGUUUAGCUGGUGGACUCAUCCACAAGAUGGGCUGAUGGUGGAGCAGCCCCAAGCGGGUGGCUACCAGGAGCCAGUUGCCCCCCAGAACUACCAAAGUUUGGCGCCCCAAAGCGGGCAAUUCAGCCCGGCCACAGAGGGCGGUCGCAGCCCCUUCGUCGGCGAGGCCGAGUCGAGUUUCUCUCGCCGCCCCUCCGACCUCUACCCAGACUCGGACAGCCACGGGAGAGCCUUCUGGUCCGAAUACUCCACGCCCGGCUUUGACGGACAACUGCCCGCCCCUGCUGGCCCUCAGCCGACGGACCGCUACUACCCCCGCGUGACCAAGCGCAAAAACCCACAGCGGCACGACAGGGACGGUCACGUGACUGCCAUGUCAGCCUAUCCCGGUUCUGGUCCGAUACAGUUAUGGCAGUUUCUACUGGAGCUUCUACUGGACUCGGCCUGUCGAACCUUCAUCUCCUGGACGGGGGACGGCUGGGAAUUCAAAAUGUCCGAUCCCACUGAGGUUGCAAAACGCUGGGGCCAGUGUAAGAACAAGCCCAAAAUGAACUACGAGAAAUUGAGCCGAGGUCUUCGCUACUACUACCACAAGAACAUCAUCCACAAAACGGCCGGCAAGCGCUACGUCUACCGCUUUGUCUGCGACAUGCAAGGCAUGCUGGGAAAGACGGCACAAGAGGUGCUCAGCAGUCUGAACAUUUUGCCCGUCGCCAGCGUCGAGUCGUCAGCGUCCGACUUCAACAGCGAGCGAUGGGCGUAAAAAACAAAACAAAACCCAAAACUGAGUACUAUGGACCGAUGGUGUCGUGAGUAUUGUCAUGUAUGCACACAAUAAGUGACAAUUGUGUUAAAAUCAGCAUGUCAAGCUCAGGACAGUGGAAGCACUACAAAAAGGAACGUGAAACUGCAGCUGCGACAAACAGUCAUUCGACAAGUACGAGGGCCACGCUGAAAAGAACAAAUGAAAAGAAAUAUAUGGAUAUUAUAAGGAAAUUUGCAACACAAGUCCAAAUCUGACUACAGUGGUACCUCGAGAUACUUCAAUGCAAAAAAAAACUGAUUUCACGAAAGGAUUUUUUUUGCUUCAUAUUACGAAAAUGUUUUCAUCAUACGAAAGAUAAUACGUACUGUAAUAGAUAAUUCCUGCUCGCAGCAAUACAAUAAUGGAGCUACUUUUUACUAUGAGUGUAAACAAACAAAAUAUAUGCACGACACAAUACUCAUGUAUAUGAAACAGAAGAAGAAAAUAACUACAGUAUAUUUACAUUUUCAAGGCACAAACGGCGAGAUGAAAUAAUAUGAACAUAACAAACGAGUUACCCUUAAGCGCCACUAGAGGGCGGAAAAGCAUUACAAAUAAAGACAGGUAAUCAGAUGACAUUGCGGUAUUUUAGUAGCGCGUGCAAUGAAUCGCGUACUCCACGAAUGCUAUUUUUAGACCGCAAGGCUGCGUGAUGUCACCAUUGUAAACCAGAAGAGGGUCAACAUAGAAGCGCGCUCGCAUUCAACUCAUGCUAGUACUGCUCGUUUUCUGCCGGUAAUCUUUCAAAAAAGAACCUGCAGAGUAAACACUGCUGCCAUGGAGCUUAUAGAAACGACUCUAGACUAGAGCAGGGCAGUAAACGGAAAAAUUACCGUUACCGAAAUUCUUCAUGAUGACCGACGUAAUUUUGACCAUGUCGGUAAAUUCGUAAAAAUGUAAUAAAAAAAUUUAAUAAAACAAGAAAAUAUAGUCUUUUCAUCCCGCUUUACUCUGACUCUGUGUUGUUCGGCUAUUUUCAUUCCCCUUUAAGAAAGCAGUCAGUGCGCUUACGUAUGGAGUCACGUGGUUUUCGGGAAGCCAGACAAACAGAAGUCCGGUAGGCUAACGCUAGCGGCUAACGCUACAAGCAAACGUGAUGGAGCCGAGCUUAAGGGAGCUUCGCCAAACUUUCACGCGACAUUAAGUAAACUCUUGGCGGGUUCCAGACAGGCUUUCACUCGCUGUCUUCCCUGGUUCUCACGAUUUCAGGAGAGGAUGCUUUCAGUGCUUUCUUCUGGAAGCCAAGCCACAGGCUAACGCUAGCGGCUAACAGCGGCUCCAAAUGAAC